CGAAACCAUGCGAUGAGGGUACAGGUUACUUCUUUUGCAGUCCAUGGUAUGCGUCGCCUCGCAAACAUAGGUUUAGUUUGCAAUACGCAUACAUUUGAUCUACACGUAAGGCGUGUCAUUAUCAACCGACCCCUCCUGAAAGAUGUUCGCGCUGUCCGCUAAGCCUGUGUCGGGCCUCUCCCUACAGAGGAGGGCCCGCUGCGUUGCUCGCUCCGCUGUGCCAGCCCCUAUCCAGAAGCGCGUCGUCCGCGUGCGCGCUGAAACCGAGGGCACCCCGAGCAGCACGUCGACCGAUGAGACGAUGCAGAAGCUUCAGGCCCAGGCUACGGAGGCCCUGAAGUUUGUCCAGGAGAAGUGGGAGAACACCGACAACGCGGAGAAGCCCGCGGCGAUUGCAAUCGUGCUGGGUGUCGUGGUUGCCCAGAUCGCCAUCGGAGCCACCGUUGAUGCUAUCGACCGCAUCCCCGUUAUCAACAAGGGCUUGCAGCUGAUCGGCCUUGUCGUGAGCUCUCUAUUCGCCUACCGCUACGCCACCGACCCAGCUGAGCGCGAGAGCGUCAAGAAGAGCGUGGAU